AUGGAAGAAGAAGGACGAUGGUUGUAUCCACAGACACCGAACCUUCAUCAACGUUCCCUUCCCCUCGUCGGCUCUUCAUCUCCCCCCUUCCUUGCCCAGAGUCUUCCCUUCUCCACCACUCCACUCAACUCCACUUCCUUUUCUUCACCGCCUGUCAGUUGUAGCACACAAUUGCUCAGUUCUUCGCUAGAUGCGCAACAAUCAAAGCCUCGUUCUCGCGGAUUCUCAGCAUCACUUGAGAGAGCUUCUUUAGGAAGAGAUCCCAGAGAAGUACAAACAGGUUCUCAAGACACCGAACCGCAUCAAUUAGCGGUGCCGAGAGUAGUCGAUAGUUGCACGAGUUAUGUGAUACAACAUGGUUUACACACAGUGGGCCUAUUUCGAGUGGCCGGUUCAGCGAAACGAUGCCGAAUGUUGAGAGCUGUUCUCGAAUCUCCCGCUCCGAUGAUACCACAAAAUUCACAGUUAACGGCUCACGAUGUGGCGACAGUGUUGAAAGAAUAUCUCCGCGAUCUUCCACAAAGUCUUCUCCCAAAAGAACACUAUCAAGCAUACAUGGCAACUGCAAGACUCUCUGGUGAAGAACGUCUCUGCUGUUGUCGACUCCUCGUCGCACUCCUCCCAACACCAAAUGCCGACACUUUACUCGUCUUAUUAAGAUGCCUUCAUUUGGUGGUCGAUCACUGUAACGAUACUGUUGAUGAGGAUGGAAUGAUUGAGCCGGGCAAUCGAAUGGAUGCCCGAAAUUUAGCCACCGUUUUCGCUCCAUGCAUCCUCCGCGCAAACCAUGACAAAUUACACAAUUGUCUGGCUGAGAGUGAGUUGCAGAUUGGGAUUGUUGAGACGAUGAUUCGACACGUUGAGGAAAUAUUUACGAUCCCCCGAGAACUGCAGAAUAAAAUGUUGACAAGAAUGCGAGACACUGAGCCGGAUCGACUCGAUCGGAUACUUGGAGCGAUGGCAAGGGCUAAUUAUGAAACGGAUAGUGCUCUUCCAUCACCAUUCCCGCCGAUGCUCGAGGAGGAGAGCUUGAAGACGCAGAAAUCGAGGAAACAAAGUGUUGGUCUCCGACGAUCGGACAGUUGGCCGAACUCGAUGGUUGACGAGAUCGGAGUGGGACAACAGGAAUCAAGCAGUCAACAACCGUCCACCUCUUCCUACACCGAUGAAAAAGAGGAACGACCCGAGGGACGGACAAGUGGAAGAAGGCACACGAGAAGGGAUACACACGCUAUUAUUGUUGACUCGAUCUCCGCUGUGGCGUUGAGAGCAAACGCGGCUCGUCGUCGUCUCCGCAAUGUUUUCCGAGCUUUUCGUCUAACUUCUCGAUCAACUCCAAAUGUCAGCACACAAGGA